UCACUGGGGCCUCCUGCUGACCAGGUCCGUGUCCACCCCCAGGUGCCACUCCUGAUGACGCCACCGCCACCACCGUUUCCCCCUCCUCCACUGUCAGCUGCCAGGCGCGCCCCGGAGGAUGGAAUGAGGGGCUCGGGUUUCAGGAGCCCCACCUUAGAGUCUCCCAGCCCAGCCUGGCCUGACCAGCAUGACCCACCUCCGCCGAGGGAGCAGAUAACCUGCACAGCGCCCCCAAGGGUCACCACCGACGCCACCGCCGUCCCCGCGGGAGAGGAGAUGGCGGCGGGGGACGCCCCAGACUGCCUGGCCGCGCUGCAUCUGGACAGGCUGCCCUCGGGCGACCUCGAUUGGCUGGUGCCCACGCAGGACGAGUGCGGCCGACCCAUCCCAGAGUGGAAGCGGCAGGUGAUGGUGCGGAAGCUGCAAGCCCGCCUGGGCGCAGACCCCGAAUCCCAGUCCCAGGGCGACAGCGGGAGCGAGGGCCCCGCGGAGCAGGCGGCCUGGCGGUACUCGCAGACGCACCAGGCCAUCCUGGGCCCCUUUGGGGAGCUGUUGACGGAGGACGACCUGGUCUACCUGGAGAAGCAGAUCGCCGACCUGCAGCUGCGCCGCCGCUGCCAGGAGUACGAGAGCGAGCUGGGCCGCCUGGCGGCCGAGCUGCAGGCCUUGCUGCCCGCGCCCCUGGUCAGCAUCACCGUCCACAGCCGCUUCCUGCCCCGGGCGCCCGGCCCCGAGGGUGAGGAGGCUCCCGCCCCCGCGGCGGAGCCCAAGGGCCCCUCGGGGGCCUCGGGGGCGGAGCGCGGCGAGCAGCCCCUGCCCUUCUGGUGCAGCCACGUCGCCCGGCUGGUGCGCAGCAUGUCCCUGCUGCUGAAGGGCAUGAACGGGCUGGUGCAGGGCGAGGGGAGGCCCCCGCGGGAGGCCCCCGCGGAGGCCCCCGCCGGCCCCCCGAGAAGCGAGGCGCAGCGCGAGAUCCAGCAGUGCGGCGUGUCCGUGCGAUCACUGCGCGGCAACUUCGAGUCCGCUCCGGGCCCGUCCUGCGCCCCAAACCCGGGCCCCUGGGAGCCGGGGGCCCCGCCCGGGCGGUGCCCGAGGGGCUGCUGGCCCGCAGCCCCGCAGCCCCACAGCAGCCCCGCGGGAGGGGCGCCCGCGCCGGGGGACGCAGAGGAGGCCAGCGACUCGGGCGUCGGCUGCGAGGAGGCCCCGUCGGAGGCGGGGGCCGCGGCCGGCGCCCACCUGGCCAGCCUUCGCAAGGAGCGCAUCGUGAUGCUCUUCCUGAGCCACUGGAAGAAGUCGGCCUACGCGCCGGCCCUCAAGGCCGCGGCCUGCAGGACCCUGGAGGCCCGCCGCGCCGCGCCGCCGCCGGCUCGGGAGGCGGCGGCGGCGGGGGGCCCUGGGCUGCCGCCCCCACCGCCCAGCGAGGGCCCCCGGCUCGGCCACCUGUGGCAGCAGCGCCACGUCAUCGCCCACCUGCUGGGCAACUGGAAGGCCAUCAUGGCACACGUGCCGGCCCGGCAGCUGCGGCGGCUGAGCCGGCGGCCCCGUGGGCCGCUGUCCCCCGAGCAGUUCCUGCCCCACGUGGACGGGGCGCCCGUGCCCUACGGCGGCCUCACGCUGGACCUCUUCAUGCUGGGCUACUUCCGGCUCCUGGAGUGCGAGCUGCCGGCCGAGGAGCGCAAGAUGCGCCACCUGCUGUGUUUCGAGGUCUUCGAGCACCUGGGCGCCCACGGCUGGGACGCGGUGCGCGCCUUCCACAAGGCCGUGACCGACGAGGUGGCCGCCGGCCGCCGCGCCUGGACCGACGGCUUCGAGGACAUCAAAGCCCGCUUCUUCGGCUCCAGCCGAGGUCCCGCCUGGGACGCGGAGCCCGGCCGCAAGUCGGGGCUGACGCCCCUGGGGCCCCUGCCCCCCGCCGCCGCCCCCAGCAGCAGCGCCGAGCCCCCCGCGGAGAGGCCGGGGUCCGGCUGCCAGCGGGGCAGCUUCAACAGCGAGGACAUCUGUGGCUACAUCGACCGCAGUUUCGCCUUCUGGAAGGAGAAAGAAGCCGAGAUGUUCAGCUUUGGAGAGUGAGACCGGCCGGCAGCCUGCCUCUGGGAGUGGGGCGUGGGAAGGGGUUCUGGCUCUCCCUGCUCUUUCCUUUGCCCCCCACCUGGUGGCCGGGUGGGCCCCGAGGCCGGGCUGGCCGACACUCCACACGACACUCACUCGGUGUGCCGAU